GCCCCGGCCCACAGAGCGAGCGGGAGGAGGAGCUGCGGCGGCGGCGGCGGCCACUCGGGCAGGUUGGCAGCGCCGCGGGAAGCCGCCGACGGCGCGGGCUGCUGGUCCCCACGCGCAGGAGGCGCGGGCGGCGCCGAGGCAAUGGAGCCUGGUGACGCGGCGCGCCUCGGCCCGGGGCGGGCGGCCCGGGCGCUGCCACCGCGGUUGCUGCUGCUGCUGCUGCUGCCGCUGCUGCUGGGUCGGGGGCUGCGCGCGGCGGCCGCGGCCUCCUCCUCUGGGGCGGCGGCCGAGGACAGCAGCGCCAUGGAGGAGCUCGCCACGGAGAAGGAGGCGGAGGAGAGCCACCGGCAGGACAGCGUGAGCUUGCUCACCUUCAUCCUGCUGCUCACGCUCACCAUCCUCACCAUCUGGCUCUUUAAGCACCGCCGGGUGCGCUUCCUGCACGAGACCGGGCUGGCCAUGAUCUACGGGCUCAUCGUUGGGGUGAUCCUGAGGUACGGCACCCCUGCCACCAGUGGUCAUGACAAGUCACUCAGCUGCACUCAGGAAGAUAGGGCCUUCAGCACCUUAUUAGUGAAUGUCAGCGGGAAGUUCUUCGAAUACACCCUGAAAGGAGAGAUCAGCCCCGGCAAGAUCAACAGCGUGGAGCAGAAUGACAUGCUGAGGAAGGUAACAUUUGAUCCAGAGGUCUUUUUCAACAUUCUCCUGCCUCCAAUUAUCUUCCAUGCUGGAUACAGUUUAAAGAAGAGACACUUUUUCAGAAAUCUUGGGUCUAUUCUGGCUUAUGCCUUCUUGGGGACUGCCGUUUCCUGCUUCAUUAUUGGAAAUCUCAUGUACGGUGUGGUGAAGCUCAUGAAGAUCGUGGGGCAGCUCUCGGAUAAAUUUUACUACACGGAUUGUCUCUUUUUCGGAGCAAUUAUCUCUGCCACUGACCCAGUGACCGUACUGGCGAUAUUCAAUGAACUGCAUGCAGACGUGGACCUUUACGCUCUUCUGUUUGGAGAAAGCGUCCUAAAUGAUGCUGUUGCCAUUGUGCUGUCCUCGUCUAUUGUUGCCUACCAGCCAGCUGGGCUGAACACUCACGCCUUUGAUGCUGCUGCCUUUUUUAAGUCAGUUGGCAUUUUCCUGGGUAUAUUUAGUGGUUCUUUCACCAUGGGAGCUGUGACUGGUGUUUUCCUUGACGGGGCGGACGUGACCAAAUUCACCAAGCUGCACUGCUUCCCCCUGCUGGAGACCGCGCUCUUCUUCCUGAUGUCCUGGAGCACGUUCCUCUUGGCAGAAGCCUGUGGGUUUACAGGCGUGGUAGCCGUGCUUUUCUGUGGAAUCACACAGGCUCAUUACACCUACAACAAUCUGUCGGUGGAAUCAAGAAGUCGAACAAAGCAGCUCUUUGAGGUGCUACACUUCCUGGCAGAGAACUUCAUCUUCUCCUACAUGGGCCUGGCGCUGUUUACCUUCCAGAAGCACGUUUUCAGCCCUGUUUUCAUCAUUGGAGCUUUUGUUGCCAUCUUCCUGGGCAGAGCUGCACAUAUCUACCCGCUCUCCUUCUUCCUCAACUUGGGCAGAAGGCAUAAGAUUGGCUGGAAUUUUCAACACAUGAUGAUGUUUUCAGGCCUCAGGGGAGCGAUGGCAUUUGCCCUGGCCAUCCGAGACACGGCAUCCUACGCGCGCCAAAUGAUGUUCACGACCACCCUCCUCAUCGUCUUCUUCACUGUCUGGAUCAUUGGUGGAGGCACGACGCCCAUGCUGUCAUGGCUUGACAUAAGAGUUGGCGUCGAGGAGCCCUCCGAAGAGGACCAGAACGAGCACCGCUGGCAGUACUUCAGAGUUGGCGUUGACCCAGAUCAAGACCCACCACCCAACAAUGACAGCUUCCAAGUCCUUCAAGGGGAUGGUCCAGAGUCUGCGGGAGGAAACCGGACGAAGCAGGAGAGCGCGUGGCUGUUCAGGCUGUGGUACAGCUUUGACCACAAUUACUUGAAGCCCAUCCUCACACACAGUGGCCCCCCACUGACCACCACCCUCCCGGCCUGGUGCGGCUUGCUGGCUCGGUGUCUGACCAGUCCCCAGGUGUACGACAACCAAGAGCCUCUGAGAGAGGAAGACUCUGAUUUCAUCCUGACCGAGGGUGACCUCACCUUGACCUACGGGGACAGCACGGUGACCGCGAACGGCUCCUCAGGCUCCCACCCGGCCUCCACGAGCCUCGAGGGCGGUCGGAGAAAGAAGAGCAGCUCCGAGGAGGUGCUGGAGCGAGACCUGGGGAUGGGAGACCAGAAGGUCUCCAGCCGGGGCACCCGCCUGGUGUUUCCCCUGGAGGAUAACGCGUGACUCCGCCCCGAGCCCCGAGUGACGGGGCGGGGCCCUGGCGGGGUGAGGAUGGCCGCCAGCCCCAGUGCCGGAGGGGCGGGGCCCUGACUGAAUGGAACUAACACUUCUAUUUGAUGGGGGUUGGAAGCUAUCUUAACAUUUAAAAUUUCACCCCAGACGCAGCUGGUGGGGCUAAAGUGUCUCUGAACCACGACAAAUGCAGACCUGUUCCCACUUUUUCACACAGUAGUGCGCUGUUCAGCGUUAACAAACAAAUAGCAUGCUUUAAUGGUCUCUUCAUUCAUUCACCUGCGGAUCUAAACAAGGUGUGGCAGGUGCUGGGGGUCCCUCCCAGGAGAGGCUUCGGAUCCAGACACAGUGGGGCCAGUCUAGCUGGCUGGGGCGGGGGGAGAGCAGGUUACGGGGAGAACAGGCGUAAAAAAAGAUCAUGAAGGAAGGCAGUUGAGACUGGACCUCCCAGGACGAUGGGAAGCCGGAAUCAGCUGGGACAGAAAACAUGAAACAGCAGUCUGGGAAUGGAGGCUCCAGCAUCAGGGCUGCGUGACGUGCAACCUCCUAGCAAGACUCCUGCCGGUUUUUGUUUUGUUUUGUUUUUUUUUGCUCCCUGUGAUUCCUUUAAACUGAAGAUUGGAAAAUAUGUCCAUGAACAUUUCAACACGGGGGAACGAAUUCUAGUCCCUUCUCUGGAACUCUCCAUAAAGAAGGUCCUGAAAUCUUUAAAAACCAAAGGUAAAAUAGUGCUAUACUGUUGUUUUAAAUGAAAUCGGAGGACAGGAGAAACUGUAGAAACUGAUGGUGACGUCACUGCAAAACUCAAGUCAGUUCUCGAGGGCUCCCGUAUGAGCUGACUGCCUGGGACAGGAAUAGGACUAGAUACCUACUAUGGGUUUAGGAAUAACACCAAAAUGUGUGGGGUGCUGUGUUAUCUAGGGAAGAGAAGGCAGCAAGAAGAAGCAUAAGAGGCAAUAGGCUAGUAUUCAGAGGGAAGAAAUCUCACUGCAAAGAAAAUACACGACUGAGUAGCGUUCCAAACUUGGAGCUAAAAAAUGCCUGGGAUUUCAGCGGCCACAUGAGGAACCUGAGGCAAGUCAAUGGAUGGUUAAGCACUGUUCAGCCUGGCGGAGGGUUCUGUCUGCUAUAAGGUUAAGAAUCCACAUGUCUUGACCUUGAACGCCAUGUAGAGAAGGGUCACUUUCGUGGUACUGGGGAAGCUUAUACCAGCUUAAUGUGUAAGUGUGAUUUAAAAUUUAGGUUUUUAGUUUGGGUUUUGUCAUGGGUGGGCUCUCCUACCUGCCCACACCCGUAAUUGGUGAAAUACUGAGAAAACUCUUGGAAACCAAGUGUAUGAUUCUCCCCCCGUCUCUAUGCUUCAGUGCUAGUAUAUUUGAAAACCCAAUUUCUAAAAACUGCUUUCAUAAAAUGUGGGCAUUUUUCUUCUCAUGGCAGACAAAACAGUGGCCCAGCCUAGGACACCCAUAAUGAAAUCAGCCAUUUAAUGUUCUUAACUCCCUUUUUAAUGGUUAAUUUUUAAAUAAGACGUUGCUUCACAUUUUGCUUUUGAAUUGGUAAUUUGUGCAAACCAGGAAAAACGUAUUACUAGGUUGAGCCAUAUGAAAUUGCUGAUAUUCAACCAUUAAAAAAUGCAGAAAUGGCAGCAUCAUAUGGCUGAAUGUAAUAUAAUUGAAUGAUUUUUCUUCCCCUCUUUUCUUUCUGUCUACACGGAAGUCCAUGUUGGUUUAGUGGUCACUCAUGGGCUUUGUAGUCGUCACUGCAAACAUUUUAUUCUCACCCACUUAAAUGUAAGUAAAUGGAGAUUUGCUAAGACCAACACUUAGCUGGGUUGGUAGUUAUUUGGGGGGAUUUUUUUUUCCCUUCAGUAGAUCAGAGUAAGUCAUUGAUCUAUGGUCCUACUUUUUGUCUGCAAGAUGUGGAGAUUAAUCCUGACCUUACCAAAGGUCCUGGGAAGUGAGUUCACUCAUCAGCAUGCGUCCACCUCUUAGAAGCAUCAUGCCUGUGCCGAGCCGUGAGGAUUUGGGUGCCACAAAGGCCAGACACCAUCUAACCCAAGGCCAGUCUGGGAGAAAUCAGAUUGAAACUGCUACGUAAUGGUACAUCCAGCUAAAGAAAGUUCCUCUGAGAGAGCAGUCCCAAGUCAUCUUAUAAACAUACUUGUUCUGGGUUGGUGGGGAUGACGGUUCAGUAGUCAAAUGUUCUAGAGCACAGGUUCUCAACCCUGGCUGCACAUUAGGAUUACCUGGCUAGUUGGUUUUUUUUUUUUUUUUUAAGUAUUGCUAUGAGGGCCCUCCCCUCCAAGAUUCAGAUUCAGUAGGUUGGGAGUGGGGCCGGGCUGCCAUGCUUUGUUCUGGAUCCUCAAGGAUUCUGCUGUACGGCUCUGGUUGAGAGCCUUUAGCCUUGAACUUGCAGUGAAGCCUAUUUGGAGCCUUCAAGAAUGGCCUAGCAAAGUACAUUUUAUUUUCAUUGUUAGUUGCGUGGAAAAAACUGAAUGUUGAUGGAUAAUAGACUGGGCAGCUGUGAGAGUUCUGUGCCAAUAACCUUUGCAGAACACUUUGAGGAAUGUACUUCGUGAAGGAAAGGAGGGUGACUUGGGCGUAUGUAUGGGGGGAUUAAAAAGUUGUCAUCUUUGCCCCCAUUUGUGGAGAAAAGGGGGGUUUUGUCUUAACUGAGCUGCUGACUCCUCAGACGUGAAGGUUUCCGAGAAGCUGUCUUUGCCAUUUCCCCUGAGGUUAUCUGAACAGCCCCAUUUGCAGUCAGGUGCGCUCUCCCUCCUCACCCUUUGCUUGUCCCCCGUGCCCGCAUCCACGCUGGGCUCCUCAGAACGAGGCUGGGCCGCGUGAAGUGGAAAAGUGUGGUCACUUUGCUGUCGCGUGGCAGUGGUGUCGGUAGCAGGUAAAUAGGAGAUGUGAUCUUGUGUACAGCACCGGCAGAGGGAUGCCAGCAAAGCCUGCCAUUCCUUCUAAUACCCUCCUGCGGGGGCUACGAGGAGAAGUGAACUUUCUCUCCUAAAGAAGGAAAUUUGGAAUUUAAGGUUAAGUCUGCAUUUCUUCCAAGGAAACAGGUAUAGGAAGGGCAUAUUGUGAUUAAAUGGACUCUGAGCAUCACUGGGGUGGGGUCACUGAGGUAACCACACAAAUAAGUACUGAUGCCCUGCAGCCAGAAAUCCCACCGGGACAUCAAAUCUUUCAUCAAGCAAAUAGCAACGAGCUCUUUAGGCUGUGUUCUGUAGACCUGAAAACAUCCUCCACGGUCCGGUUGACAAACAACAUCUCUUUAGGAAAUGUGAAAAAUGUUCUCUCAGCUAUUCGUGAGCAUUUCAGUCUCGGGCAAAGAAGUUCUUUCCAAAACAGAAGUCUGUUUCACACACACUCCCCCACCCCGCCCCACCCUCC